UCUACUGACUCACUCUCAUCUCCUUUCUUUGCCUUUUCAUCUGCUUUUCACUGCCUUUUCUAGUUUCUUCUUCAUCUCUGUUUUUCUAUAUAUUUCUACCUUUCUAGCUCUUAGGUAUCAGCCCAAACAGUAGAGGAGAUUCUUUUUAUGAUUUAUGGGUGACUCUUCAGCUUCAUAUAUCCACAUGGUUCACCGUCUUAUAGAAGAGUGUUUGAUCUUCAACAUGAGCAAAGAAGAGUGCAUGGAAGCUUUGUCUAAGCAUGCAAAUAUUAAACCAGUCAUUACUUCAACAGUUUGGGAUGAGUUGGAGAAAGAGAACAAGGAGUUCUUUGAAGCUUACACAAGGGGCAGAGACCAGAGAGCAACUGAAAUAGAGAAAAGGCAAAGGAUUCAGAGCAGGAUUAAUGCUUCCAUGGGGAAGAAUAACAAGGACUGAUUCUCACCAAUAUAUAUAGCUCAAAUCCAUGAAUUAGAAUUGUUAAAAGUAGUUUAGCUGAAGUAGUAGUAGUAGUACUGUAGUAGUAGUGGUGGUGGUGGUGGUGGUGGUAGUAGUUGUAGAAUAUCACCAUAAAAAUUCAAAGUCCUGGGCAUCGCCUUUGCCCUUUGGUACAAAAAGUCUGCAAUAAACAGUAAAGACAAGAGAAAAUGAUGAGAACGACUUGGCAGGAACUGGAAACAAAAAAAAAAAAAAGAUUACCGUGAAGAAAAAUAAAUAAAAAUGAGAAACUGUAGUUGGGAAGCGUGACGGCGAGUGGAAGCAAUAUGUGGACGGGGGCCGCAUGACUCGAUGGCACGUUGUGUAAACGUGGCACCACCCUCUUUGUUUCUUUUGUUUGCGUGCCUGAGUCCGGUGUCCCAGGGUCACUAGCUCGUUGCCCGUUAAAAGACUUUCUGUUGUCUGUUUAUAUGAAGUGAAGGGGGGGAUUAGGGACCAUGUAACUUGAAAGGGACGAGUGACGACUGUGUGUCAGCUGUUACAGUCCCAAGCUUUUUGGUUUCUCGUUUUGAUCAAUGAAUUUGAAGCUAGGGGUCAAUAAUUUUAAUACCCAUUGCCCAUCGACGUAUUUGUUUUUGUUCAUAUAUACAUGCACUUGUGUAUGAUGUA